ACCGCGGAGCAGUUAUAACGUGAGGCGACUUUGCAAAAUGAAAUUAGGGAGGUGACUAGAAGGAGCAGGUGACUGGAACGCAGAAGCCGCCGCUUCCAGUCUUCUAUUGACCAUUUUGCUGCCGGAGGUGUCUCCUCCAGUCCUCCUCCGCCGUCUGCAUCUAGCGCGCUUCCAUAUACCUCCCCGCUUGUCCGCCAGAUUGCUUCCUAAUGGUGAAGAAAAAGGAGAAUGCCGUAACAGACAUUUUCCAAACAGCAGAUGCUAAGCAAGAUUGAGAAAGACGAAAAGCACUCUACCCUUUCAAAUCUAAUAAACAUCCUUGCAGUUUUUAUUUUUAUUUUUGUAAUUUUCCUUUUUUUAAAAAAAAGAGAGGAAUUUGAUGAGUAUUUCCCUUAGACGCUUAUGUCUGUUCAUGACAUGCAAGCUUUCGAGUGAAGUGCCAGUUGUCCACUGUGAUCAAACUUUGUAUAGAGGCAGCCACUUCAAAUUAAAGGGACCAUGUGCUUGAUUAUAAAAAAUAUUGGCCCUCGGCGUCGAACUCCUCAUAAACUGACAACAAAAGGAAAAGGAGACAGUGAUGUAGAUCAUCCUUCACUGUUGCUUUCAGACAAUAGAAUUCAAGCAAAACCUAUUAGACUCCUACCGAUUGAGGUUCCUGCCAUUCCCACAGAUGAUAUAAAGGUCAUUAUGCAAAAAUUGGGCAAUGUAACUUCUGAUGGAUCGAGUUUAUACACAAGAGUUUACUGUGAUACAUUAAGAAAUGGGCAAAAAUCUGCCAUAAAAAUGUUAGAUGAUUCUGGGAAAACAGAUCAAGAAUUUCUCACACAGGUAGCAAUGACAGAAAGCUUGCAGCAUGAAAAUAUAGUGAAACUGCUUGGUUAUGGUUUUUUUGGGAAUACCCGGUUCCUUGCUUACGAAUUUGCUGACAUGGGAUCCCUUCAUGAUAUCUUGCAUGGAAAAAAAGGCGUCGAAGGGGCAUCCCCAGGUCCCCUAUUGUCAUGGUCUCAAAGAGUUAAAAUUGCUCUAAGGGCUGCAAAAGGACUUGAAUACUUACAUGAGAAAGCAAAAUCUCCAGCUAUCCAUUGUGCAGUCAAAUCCAGCAAUAUACUUUUAUUUAGUGGUGAUGUUGUGAAAUUAGGGGAGUUUAAUCUCUCCAUUAAGGCUCCUGGCACAGGAUUGAGUCUUUGGUCUGCCCAGCCUCUUGGAAAUUUUGUUUAUCAAGCUCCUGAGUUUGUUGCCAUUGGACAGCUAACUUCCAAGAGUGAUGUUUACAGCUUUGGCGUUGUUCUUUUAGAGCUUUUGACUGGUCGUAAGCCCCUCGAUCGGAGUAGACCACAUCAAGAGCAGAGUCUUGUGGUAUGGACAGCAGAUAAGCUAACUUACGAUAAGGUGGGAGAAAUUGUAGAUAACAGGCUAAGAGGAAAAUACCCUCCCAAGUCAGUGGCAUGGAUGGCCACCAUCGCUAGUGCGUGUUUGCAAUUCGACCAAGAUCAUCGCCCAGAGAUGAGUCAUGUUGUCAAGGCACUAAGGAGAAAUGAAUCCUUGAUGUGUUCAUAGAUGCUGAAGCACGAUGGAAUGUUUCCUUAAUGCAGAAUGUAGAUGAUAUACUCAGAAUUUGAACUGCGCUAAGUAUUUGAUGUAAGUUUCUUUA